AUGGCGACCCUCGCUUUGUUUGCAGAAGAGGAGGAAAAGGGAUGGCUGAUGCCAGACAGGCGUACUCAGGGAGCCAUCCUUGGCGUCACGGCGAGAUCACUGCACUGGGACGGGGCGCUGAAAGUGUUUGCAGACAUGGUCCGUGAGGCCAUCGGAGGUGCGUCGAGCGCCGAUCCGGAUGAGGCACAUGUCGACCUAGUUGUCUCGGCCUGUGUCAAGGGCGCGUCCAAGGCCCGGUGA